GGCAUCCGUCGUCAGAUCAUUAACUGAAGACAACAUAAACAAAUAUGCAAAAUUCUCACAUGGAUGAGUACAGAAAUUCUAGUAAUGGCAGCACAGGCAACAGUUCAGAGGUAGUGGUAGAACAGUCUGCUGAUUUCAGUACUGAGAUUAUGAAUGUGACGGAAAUGGAACAGUCCCCUGAUGGAUCUCCUAAUGUGAAUGCAGCUGCAGAAGAAAAUGAAGUAACAAAUGCUGUGGACCUUCCAGUGACAGAAACAGAAGCAAAUUUCCCUCCAGAGUAUGAAAAAUUCUGGAAAACUGUAGAAAGCAAUCCUCAGGAUUUUACAGGCUGGGUAUAUUUGCUUCAGUAUGUAGAACAGGAGAAUCACUUGAUGGCUGCCAGGAAAGCGUUUGACAAAUUUUUCAUACACUAUCCAUAUUGCUAUGGUUACUGGAAAAAGUAUGCAGACCUUGAAAAGCGGCAUGACAACAUUAAACAAUCAGAUGAGGUGCGUUAAACCUCUACAGUUUGUCAAGCUUUGCAGUGCAAGCCUCUGUAUUACACUGCAGCUUAACAAGUAGGGCAGGGCUUUUCUCUCACUUACAUUUAUUUCUCAUUUUCCAAACAAUAUAGUUGGUUUGCUAGUCACAUUUGCUACGUCUUAUUGCAUUUUUGGUCAGACGCUGUCAUUGAUGCUCUAAUGGGUCUGUGCCCUAUGGUCUGUAACCCAAAGCCUGCCCACACAACCCGGUCAGAAUGCAGGGACUGCUGCGCUUUGAAGAUCAAGACUCUGCACGUGGGGAUCAGAACAUUGCCAUGUUCUAUCCAACCUCCACCCAAAUGGUAUAUCGACGGGGGCUUCAGGCAAUACCUCUUAGUGUUGAUCUAUGGAUACAUUAUAUAAACUUCUUAAAAGAAACAUUGGACCCUGGUGAUCCUGAGACAAGCAGUACAAUAAGAGGAACUUUCGAGCACGCUGUUCUAGCUGCAGGAACAGAUUUCCGAUCUGACAGACUGUGGGAAAUGUAUAUAAACUGGGAAAAUGAACAGGGUAACCUGAGAGAAGUUACAGCUAUAUAUGAUCGUAUUCUUGGUAUUCCAACACAGCUGUAUAGUCACCAUUUUCAGAGAUUUAAAGAACAUGUACAGAAUAACUUGCCUAGAGAUCUGUUAACUGGCGAACAGUUUAUUCAGCUGCGAAGGGAAUUAGCUUCUGUAAAUGGACAUAGUGGUGAUGAUGGUCCUCCUGGUGAUGAUCUACCGUCGGGAAUUGAAGACAUUACCGAUCCAGCAAAGCUGAUUACAGAAAUAGAAAACAUGAGACAUAGAAUCAUUGAAAUUCAUCAAGAGAUGUUUAAUUAUAAUGAGCAUGAAGUUAGUAAAAGGUGGACAUUUGAAGAAGGUAUUAAAAGACCUUAUUUUCAUGUGAAACCAUUGGAAAAGGCACAACUAAAAAACUGGAAAGAAUACUUAGAAUUUGAAAUUGAAAAUGGGACUCAUGAACGAGUUGUGGUUCUCUUUGAAAGAUGUGUCAUAUCAUGUGCCCUCUAUGAGGAGUUUUGGAUUAAGUAUGCCAAGUACAUGGAAAACCAUAGCAUUGAAGGAGUGAGGCAUGUCUUCAGCAGAGCUUGCACUAUUCAUCUCCCAAAGAAACCCAUGGUGCAUAUGCUUUGGGCAGCUUUUGAGGAACAGCAGGGUAAUAUUAACGAAGCCAGGAAUAUCUUGAGAACAUUUGAAGAAUGUGUUCUAGGAUUGGCAAUGGUUCGUUUGAGAAGAGUAAGUUUAGAGCGACGGCAUGGAAAUAUGGAAGAAGCUGAACAUUUGCUUCAGGAUGCCAUUAAGAAUGCCAGAUCAAAUAAUGAAUCAUCGUUUUAUGCUAUCAAACUAGCUCGGCAUCUUUUCAAAAUACAAAAAAACCUUCCAAAAUCAAGAAAGGUGCUUUUGGAAGCAAUCGAAAGAGACAAAGAGAAUACAAAGUUAUACCUCAAUUUACUUGAAAUGGAAUAUAGUGGUGACCUCAAACAAAAUGAAGAAAAUAUCCUAAAUUGUUUUGACAGAGCUAUACAUGGUUCAUUACCUAUUAAAAUGAGAAUUACAUUUUCUCAGAGAAAAGUGGAAUUUCUUGAAGAUUUUGGUUCAGAUGUUAAUAAGCUUCUCAAUGCUUAUGAUGAACAUCAAACACUCCUAAAAGAACAGGAUUCUUUAAAAAGGAAAGCAGAAAAUGGAUCAGAAGAACCAGAGGAAAAGAAAGUUCACACAGAAGAUACAACUUCAUCAUCUACACAGAUGAUUGAUGGUGAUUUACAGGCAAAUCAAGCUGCAUAUAAUUAUAGUGCCUGGUAUCAAGUGAUACAAUUAUCAGAAUCCUUGGAAUUAUGGACAGUAUUACCCUCCCCCUCCAACCUGAUGAGAAAAUAUAUCAGAUGGAAUGUGUGAAAAAUACGAAAAUUAUUUUUUUUUAAUGAGGGAUGUAAACAUAACAUAAACUUGUUGUAUUUGAUAACUUGUCUUCCUGUUUCUGUGUAACAUGAUUUGUUUAGUAAUAGGGGAAAAUGUCACUUAGUAGUUUACCACAGAUAUUUCCUACCAUUUAUAAAAUUUACUUUUUAUUGGAGAACUAUUUUUUUGAUUUUUGCAUUAAGUGGUCUAGAAUUCUUUUGCAAUGCAUUCGCAACAGUUUUGUAGCCUUAAGGGUAGGAAAAAAGAAAAAAAACUGACUGUAAAUCAUGUCAGUAUAGUACAAGAUUCUGAAAAUCCAUAAGGGCUGGUUAUUAAGGAUUUACCUCUGUAAAAAAAAAAAAUGGAUUUUUAACCUUUGAUGACAAGGUUUUGUCUGUUUCAAUUAUCCUUGUAAAUUUGGAUUUAACUGCCAGAAAAGAUACACUAUUAAAUACUAUGUCUUGGGAUAGAGAUUAUAAAUGAAAAAUGGAAUGUUUGCAUCCCUUUUUAAAAAAUGAGAAUCGUAUCAAAAGUAUGUUGUUUCAGGAGACUUUGUAUUUAGAAUAUUCAUAUAAAACUUGUGAGCAAGCUUUCAUUUUGAUCAAACUGAUCAUCUUCAUUUUUGUAAUAAAACUGAAGACUCCUCAACAAA